AAUAUCAAAAUGGCCGAUAAUAAAGAAAACGGCGAUACCAAAACUGCAGUUGAGGUUAAAGAAGGAGUCAAAGACGUUGUUGACUCGACUAUAUCUUCUCCUCCAACAAAUGGUAAACAGCAAAAAGAGCAAAAGAAAAUUGUAGCAGAGCGUGUCACUGGCAUUGUUAAAUGGUUUAAUGUUAUGAAUGGAUAUGGGUUUAUUUGCCGUGAUGAUACAAAUGAGGAUAUUUUUGUCCACAACUCUGCUAUAUCAAAGAACAAUCCAGAGAAGGCUCAACGCUCGCUGGGUGAUGGUGAAAAGGUACUUUUCGACGUCGUUGAAGGAACUAAAGGUCCAGAAGCAAGUAAUGUUACAGGACCGGAAGGACAGAAUGUUGUUGGUUCCAAGUAUGCCGCUGAUGCUAGCCAACAGCGUCGUUAUCCACGUCGCAACUUUUAUCGUGUUCGCAACCGUCCUCGUGGGAAUCGUCUAAGUGCUGGUGCUCCUACUGGUGAAAAUGGUGGGACUGGAGAAGGAAAGGAUACUGCGCCUGGCGAAGGUGUUACUGAUGCGAAUGGUGGUGGUGAUGGACAGCCUCGAAAAGAACAACAGAAGGGACAAGGAAGAGGAGGAGUGCGACGUCGUUUUCGUCGCAGUGGAAAUCAAGGUGAACAACAACAGCAAGGAGUUCCUGGUGGUGGUGGAGGUCAUAAUCGUCGCCGAGCAUCAGGAGGUGGAGAUGCUGGAAAGAAGCAAAUUGCCCGCGAAGGAGAAGGUGGUGAAGAGCAUAACAAUAAAAAUGUUAAAGGCAAUAAUAAUUCUAAUCGACCAGCUAAUGGAGGGGGAGGUGGAUUUGGAGGAGGAUGGCGACGUCGUCAAGGAGGGGGAAAAGGAGGAGGCGCACCUCAAGCUCCAACACUUGACCAACAACCAGGAGGAGGUGGUGGUAUAAAGACUGAGCCUGCUGAAGAACAAAAGGUGGAUAAAGCCUGGUAA